ACGCGCGCCGGCUCUGCACCCUCCAUAGUCUCAGCUUCGAGUGCCGGCGCCUCAAGAUGCGGUCCUCCCUGGCUCCUGGUGUCUGGUUCCUUCGCGCCUUCUCUAGGGACAGCUGGUUCCGUGGCUUCAUCCUGCUGCUCACCUUCCUCAUUUAUGCCUGUUAUCACAUGUCCAGAAAGCCCAUCAGCAUCGUCAAGAGCCGCCUGCACCAGAACUGCUCAGAGAUGGUCAGACCUGUUAAUGACACCCACGAUCUCAAUGAUACCACCUGGUGCAGCUGGAGUCCAUUCGACAAAGAUGACUACAAGGAGUUACUAGGAGCUGUGGACAAUGCCUUCCUAGUGGCUUAUGCCAUUGGCAUGUUUAUUAGUGGAAUCUUUGGGGAGCGGCUGCCCCUGCGUUACUACCUCUCGGCUGGAAUGGUGCUAAGUGGCCUAUUCACCUCCCUCUUUGGCCUGGGGUACUUCUGGAAUAUCCACAUGCUCUGGUACUUUGUGCUCAUCCAGAUCUGCAACGGGCUUGUGCAGACUACAGGCUGGCCAUCUGUGGUGACCUGUGUUGGCAACUGGUUUGGGAAGGGAAAGCGGGGAUUCAUCAUGGGCAUCUGGAACUCUCACACAUCUGUGGGCAACAUUCUGGGCUCUCUGAUUGCUGGAGUCUGGGUGAACCAGCACUGGGGCCUGUCAUUCAUCGUGCCUGGCAUUAUCACUGCUAUCAUGGGUGUCAUCACCUUCCUCUUUCUUAUUGAAUAUCCAGAAGAUGUGGACUGUACCCCUCCUCGGCAUCAUGAUGACCCGGAGAAGGAACAGGACAACCCUGAGGAUCCUGUGAAUAGUCCCUACAGCAGCAGGGAGAGUAAUGUGGACAUUGCAGCCAGCUCCUCCAAGGAGCAGGGCCCUGAGCCUGAAGCCAUCAGUUUCCUGGGGGCACUCAGAAUUCCGGGAGUGAUCGAGUUCUCUUUAUGUCUGCUCUUUGCCAAGUUGGUCAGCUAUACCUUUCUCUACUGGCUGCCCUUGUACAUCUUCAAUGUGGCUCACUUUAGUGCCAAGGAGGCUGGGGACCUAUCCACGCUUUUUGAUGUUGGUGGCAUCAUAGGUGGCAUCAUGGCAGGGCUCAUCAGCGACUACACCAAUAGCAGGGCCACCACUUGCUGCAUCAUGCUGAUCUUGGCUGCUCCCAUGAUGUUCCUGUACAACUACAUUGGCCAGAAUGGGAUAACCAGUUCCAUAGUGAUGUUAAUUAUCUGUGGGGUCCUGGUCAAUGGCCCUUACGCACUCAUCACGACAGCGGUCUCUGCUGACCUGGGCACACAUGAGAGCCUGAAGGGUAACGCCAAGGCCCUCUCCACUGUCACGGCCAUUAUCGACGGCACUGGUUCCAUAGGUGCGGCUCUGGGGCCCCUACUGGCCGGGCUCAUUUCCCCGACAGGCUGGAACAAUGUGUUCUACAUGCUCAUCUCUGCCGACGUCUUGGCUUGCUUGCUCCUCUGCAGGUUGGUGUACAAAGAGAUCCUGGCCUGGAAGACGGCCUGCGGCAGAAGCAGUGGCUCUAGUCUGGCCCUAACCCACCCGCGAUAGUAUUUUCCUCAAGUCCCAUGACUUUUGUACAAACAAAUUUGAGGCCUCAAUUGGAAGAGCAACAUGGGCCACCCCUGCUGGGUACCCAACUUAUGAGCAAGAGAAUGGAAGCUUCCAUCACAGGGAGAGGCAAAGCCUCCUGAUCUAACUGGUCUAGCCCCAAGCUACAUUGCCACUAAGGAAGGGUACAGAAAACUCUAUGGGAAGGGGCUGCUGAGCACCAAGCAUGGGAACAUGGCAGACUUCAAGGCCUGAGCUCUGGGAACUGCAAUCAGAAGGAAUGGGCUGAAAGCAGAAAGGAAGGACAGGUUCAGACUCUUGCUUGUUUGGAUUCCAAGGCCUGGAAAAGGUGCAUCUCUCCUUCCCAUGUUAAAUUAUAAACCUCUGUAAUUAUCCUGUACCUAUGAGGGAUUUCACCUUGUUUCAAAGGUGCUGGGCCUCUCUCUCUCUCUGUUUCUGUCUCUGUGUCUGUCUCUGUCUAUGAACUAUUCUUUCUGUAUUUCUCCAAGUAGGACCCUGUUGAUCUAUCCUCCACUCGAUCCUGUUGAUAACUCAGCCACUUUGAAGCAUUAGUGCUGCCUUUGCAGAGUCAAGGCUUGGAUGGGGUACGGGAGCUGUCAUAAGUACUAAAUGUAGGGGAACUUGCUCUCGGGCUCUUGACCGUGUCCACCCUCAGAGCCCAGUACCUUCCUUGCCUCACUCUUAAGAUGCCUCAGUGGAUGAAGACAUCAGGGUCAGUUUGGUGAAGACUAAGGUGUUGUAUACAACUGCAAAUGCCAGUGUGAAUUAAGCACUGGGUGCUCAAGUCAUGACAGCUGUCCUUUAAGAACAAACAGGAAGUGGCUAUGGGAAGAACUUAACCCUGAACAUAGGUGCCAAGUUUAGCAAGAAAUGAAGAUACCACUGGAAACAUCUGCGUAACUGCUACUGAGCAGUUGCUAGGAGACACCUUGCAGCCACCCUCUGCCUGGUGUUCUGAUGCCCCUUCCUUCCGCUCUUGAGUCCUGGUUCACGACAUGCCAGGCUGACUCCUGGCAUUUCCGCCUGACCUCUAAGCUGCCCAUCAGCACCAAUACAGAUUUCCUUUGCCAACUGUGCCACUGCUUAUCCUUGGUAGGGCCUGGCAUAGCAGCAGCCAUGGGGCUCGUGAGGGGCAGUAAAGCAUUGUCACAUGAACAACAAAGAUUGGUGUUCUGGGGCUGCGACAGCUGUCUUUCCCAGAGGGCAUUGCUCAUGACAUUGAUAACACUGUGCAAUCCAGCAGGAGCCUAGACCCCCAUACAAGAUACAUCCAUUGCAUUUACUAGGAUGUUGUGUCAGUCAGUGUGUUAGCUAGAUACACUGGCCUCAGCAAUAAAAUAUAAAGCUCACUUGCCUGGUUCUCACUUUAGUCCUGCAGGAAGCAGUCAGUCAGGCACAUCUUAUCCUCAGGACCUGGUACAGGGCAGGGGCUGGCACAUGGUAGUCUGCUCAGUGUUCACAAAUCCCUCAAGACCAGAAAGACUGACCUUAUGUGGAAAGGACAGACUUUAAGGCAAAGCUGUGUUACUUCUGUAGGCCACUAGAUGGUGAUAGCAUCCCGUAGUAGAGUCCAGGGCAGGCAGGGUUGCUAUUCCUUCCUCUGCAGAGAAGGAAGACUCUGCUUUCCUGACACAGCCUCUUGAGAGAUCAGUGUGGGAGGAGUGGUUCUAGGAGGUCUUCUCUAUCUCAGCCUCAUUACUUACCACAUUCUUCCUGUCUCCUCAUCUACACAGGGGAAUAACAUUGCUCAAGGCAUGGGACUGGUGUGAAGGGAGAUAAGUGUUAGUCACACUUGCUGCUCUUGUCUCCUUUGCAGAGAAGACAGACUAUGAAAAUAGAAACAACACAAGCUACAAAGCAAUGACCUCAGUUGAGGGCUACAUCAUUCAUUAGUUCAGACCUGAUGCGACAGGACUGGUGGGCAGGGCCAGUAGGGGCGAUCCUGGUGGCUUCACGUGUGACAGUAUUUGAAGGAAGAAUCCAAGGGCCUUGGAUGAUCAAUAUGAAAAGGCAGUGAGAAGCAGAAGACAGAAGAAGCUAAUAUAAAUCUUGUCAUGCUGUCCUAUGCUGGGAUAAGGACCAGAGCAUGGACACACGCACACAUGCACUCCAGGCAGGCAAGAGAGUCAUUAGAAAGCUUCAAAAGAUUUGUGAGAGCCCAGAGCCAGGCUUCAAAAAUGAAGGCUUAGGCUGGAGGUGUAAGAAGAGGGUUGGAGAAAACCCCAAAGGCUGAGGAUCACCACCCCCAUGGACCGUUCUGCACUCGCUUGCCAGGCCAGGUUCUCUGCACCCUCCUCAUCCCCCCAACACGCCAGCUCUGCGCACAGUUUGUUCACUAGAGGCCUGGUACCUGUCUUCUCUCAGGCCUCUGCACUCACACGGGGCUAAUGCAGGAACAUUACCUUAAUUAGUUAUUCAUUUAAUUUAACUUCACAUUUGGUCUCAAUUAAGCUUAAAAUGUUCUUCCUUAUAGAUGCUACAAUAGCACGUGUAAUUAAAAGGCAAUAACUCUU